CUCUUGCCUCUGCACAGAUGAAUAUUUGAAAGUACCUUCAUCAAACAUCUGCAACCAUGGAGACCUCAUCAAUGCUUUCAUCACUGAAUGAUGAGUGCAAAUCUGACAACUACAUCGAGCCGCACUACAAGGAGUGGUACCGUGUGGCUAUUGAUGCUCUGAUUGAACAUGGCUUAGAAGCCUACCAAGAAUUCCUUGCUAAGGAGCGAGUGUCUGACUUUCUAGCUGAGGAAGAAAUUAAUUAUAUUUUGAAAAAUGUCCAGAAGUUUGCACAAAAUACAGAGCGUGGUUCUGAUAAUUCCUGUGAUGAUGCCUCAUCUUCUGGGACUUAUUGGCCCAUGCAGUCUGACGUGGAAGCUCCAAAUCUUGAUUUAGGCUGGCCAUAUGUGAUGCCUGGACUCUUAGGGAGUACCCAUAUAGAUCUCCUCUUUCAUCCACCAAGAGCACAUCUACUUACAAUAAAGGAAACUAUCCGGAAGAUGAUGAAAGAGGCAAGAAAGGUCAUUGCUAUAGUGAUGGAUAUAUUUACUGAUGUGGAUAUUUUCAAAGAAAUAGUAGAGGCAUCAACACGAGGAAUAUCUGUAUAUAUUUUACUUGAUGAGUCAAAUUUUAAUCAUUUUCUAACUAUGACUGAGAAACAGGGUUGUCAAAUUCAACGUCUCAGGAACAUUCGAGUACGGACAGUAAAAGGCCAAGAUUAUCUUUCAAGAACAGGGGCAAAAUUCCAUGGGAAAAUGGAGCAAAAAUUUUUGUUAGUUGACUGCCAAAAAGUGAUGUACGGUUCUUACAGCUACAUGUGGUCAUUUGAAAAGGCUCAUCUCAGCAUGGUUCAGAUAAUCACAGGACACCUUGUAGAGUUAUUUGAUGAAGAAUUCCGCACACUUUAUGCCAGGUCCUGUGUCCCAAGUUCUUUUGCUCAGGAAGAAUCUGCAAGGGUGAAGCCAGGCAAAGCUCUGUGGGAGAAUGGCAUUUACCAGCGAUCCAUUUCUUCAUUGGCUUCAGUGUCCAGCCAAAGAAACCUUUUUGGUAGACAAGACCAAAUUCAUAACAUAGAUUCUAGUUUCUUCAAAGGCAGAGGGAUAUAUACCCUGAAUGAGUAUGACAAACACAGCAUGAGAAAUCAUGGAUACAAGCCUCAUUUUGUUCCAAACUUCAAUGGUCCAAAUGCAAUCCGUCACUUCCAACCCAAUCAGAUCAAUGAAAACUGGAAAAGGCAUAGUUAUGCUGGGGAACAACCAGAAACAACGCCAUACCUGCUGCUCAACAGAGCCCUGAAUCGGACUAAUAACCCUCCUGGGCACUGGAGAAGGCCUUCAGACACUCUCAGUGUGGCAUCCUCAUUACGCGGAGGCCAGGCAAGCCAGACAGACAUACCUGCACAGAGCUUUGCUGAUCGGCUUGCCCAGAGAAAAACAACAAACCUUGCAGAAAGGAACUCAAAUGUGCGGAGGUCAUUUAAUGGGACAGAUAAUCAUAUCCGUUCUCUACAGCAACGGAUGCCAACUCUGGAGAAUACCACAAAGUCUUUCCUGCGAAGCUGGAGAAUUGACUCCUACUUAAAUGAUAAUUCAGAAGUCCCACCUGAUUCAAAUGGCUCCACUCUGGGUGACAGAUUUGAAGGCUACGACAAUCCCGAGAGCGUGAAAGCCAAUGCGCUCUAUACUCAUUCGAGACUUCGUUCCUCAUUUGUGUUUAAACCAACUUUACCUGAACAAAAAGAAGUCAACAGCUGUACAACCGGAUCCUCAAAUUCCACCAUCAUAGGUUCUCAAGGAAGUGCUGUGCAUAGUGAGGUCCAAGAGAGCUCCACCGGUGCACCGCCCUUGACAGAAAAACCCUUGCCUGAAUCAAUUCCCAAGCUUCCAACACAGUCAGAGGAACCAAAAAUGCAGAGCUUGCAGGUUCCCGAAAGGCAACCAGCAAUCUUAAACCAAACAACAAAUGGCCGAGCAGAAUUAAACAACUGUAUAUACACAAACCUGUGUGUAAAUAAGCAGAAGGAGAACACAAAAAAUCAGCCAAGCGAGAACCUGCUCAAAAGGCGAAGUUUCCCGUCCUUUGACCACUCAAAAGUCAAUUUAGACCAUGGGAAUAGCAAGAAUUAUGUGUAUAGUACCCUUACCAGAAAUCGGGUUAGACAACCGGAAAAACCCAAGGAGGACGUGCUGAAGACUUCUAAAAGUAUGCACAAUGUGACCCACAGCACGGAUGAGGAGGAAGAGGAGGCUAUCAAGAGAAACCCCCCAAGUAGCUCGGCCACCAAAUCUAUUUCCAUUGCUGCUUUGCUUGAAAUGAACAAAGAGGACCCUCAUAAAGAACUUACUUCUAAGAAGGACGUUAAAGGCUCCCCAAGCUUUUUGAAAAAGGGAUCUCAGAAAUUAAGAUCCUUACUUAGUCUCACUCCAGAAAAGAGAGAAACCCUAUCUAAGAACAAGGCACCUGCGUUUUACAGGAUGUGUAGUAGUUCUGACACGCUGGUUUCUGAGGGUGAAGAGAAUCAGAAGCCCAAAAAAUCCGAGCCCCGAAUUGAUUCAUCUCCUAGAAGAAAGCGCUCCUCCUCAUCAAACUCUCAAGGCAGCAUCCACAAGAGCAAGGAGGACAUAGCCGUUAGCUCAUCUCCAGGGAUAAAUUCCCAAGCAGAGGAAAGUAGGAGAACAGCACAUUCUCCAACCGUCCAAAGGAGGCUUUCAGAGAGAGCAGGAGAUGCCUCUGCCCCAAGAUUUAACACAGAACAGAUCCAAUACCGUGAUUCCAAGGAGACCAAUGCAGUCAUUGCCCCUCAAAGACGGCCAACCUCUUCUCUAGUGCCAAAGUCUAGUGAGCUUCUAAGAUCUCAUUCAACAAACCAGCGAGUUUACAGUCGAUUUGAGCCAUUUUGUAAGAUUGAGAGCUCUAUCCAGACAGCAGGCAGCGUAACAAACGCACAUGUCAACCGCCCAGAAGUCAAACCCACAGCUAUGGGUAGCAAUUACGGCAGGUCGAGCCCAAUGCUGAAUUACAAGACUGGUGCUUAUCAUUCAUACUCCCCCAAUGAAAACAAGUUCCGAGGAUUUAUGCAAAAGUUUGGAAACUUCAUCCACAAAAACAAGUGAAAUAUUUUCAUUUCAAAUCACAAUUGAAAUAUGAAAUGAAUGUGGCUAUACAUAUUUACCCAAACAGCACUGCACAAAUUUUUGUGCCAUGCCAAGAGUGUUCUGUAUUAGAAGUGGGAGAAUGUGUAGUAGUAUACAAAAAAGUUAAUGUUUUG